CCGGAGAGUCUCGGUGAAGUUCGCCGUCAAACCCGCUGCUGCAAGGAGGGCAGUGACCGUGUUUUUGCAGAUAUCUAUCAUUUCUCGUUAAAGUUGGACCCGUGGCAUAAUAAAAUACAUUUUCGGCCGUGAAGUGAAGUAACCUGCCUCUCCACAAAUGCAAGCUAUCAAAUGCGUGGUGGUCGGCGACGGGGCGGUGGGUAAAACCUGUCUGCUGAUCAGCUACACCACAAAUGCCUUCCCCGGCGAGUACAUCCCUACAGUAUUUGACAACUACUCUGCCAAUGUGAUGGUGGAUGGCAAACCAGUCAACCUGGGCUUAUGGGACACAGCGGGACAGGAGGACUACGACCGCCUCCGUCCGCUCUCGUACCCACAGACGGAUGUGUUUUUAAUAUGCUUCUCAUUGGUGAGCCCAGCGUCCUUUGAGAACGUCCGUGCAAAGUGGUACCCCGAGGUCCGACACCACUGCCCCAACACACCCAUCAUCCUGGUGGGCACCAAACUGGACCUGCGGGAUGAUAAGGACACCAUCGAGCGGCUGCGGGACAAGAAGCUGUCGCCCAUCACAUACCCGCAGGGUCUGGCCAUGGCCCGAGAGAUCGGUGCGUACCGACAGACUCGAGACAGCAGCAGAUCUGUGCAUGCAUGCAUGCAGCUACUGAGGGCUGUGAAGUAUCUGGAGUGCUCUGCUCUCACUCAGCGCGGGCUAAAGACUGUAUUUGACGAAGCCAUUCGCGCCGUCCUCUGCCCUCCGCCCAUCAAAAAACGCGGCAAGCGCUGCACUCUCCUCUGAGCACACACAGAUUUAUAAUCAGCCUCUUGGAAGAUAUACUGAACUGCUGUCGCAGGGUCGGGGACAGCCGUCCAUGACGCUCUAAUGCACAUCACAUGAAUAUGAACCAUUGGGACACCUCGUGGUUGAUGGCUUUUGUUUUUCACGGCCUCACGUGCCCGAGACAUCAUAUUCCAUUUCAUAUCGUUUCUAUGAGAAGUUUUAGUGGUACAGUGUAAAUGUUGACAUGCUGUAAGGAAGUGUUUCUUGGUGUUGUAAAGGAAGUGUGUCAAAGACGUGGGAAAGUUCUGUUGAUUUAGAUGCUAACCAUUCGCAGUAUUAGUUUACGACCCAUUUCACAUCAGGAGCGAGUCAAACAAGAAAGGUUGCAAAUGUUUGUAUUGUGAAAAGCGAAGCUGGUCAUGGAAGGGUUAAAAAAUCAAGUUCAGUUUUGAGCCCAGCUAACAGAAAUUUGUUCUAAGAAUGUUUUGCUAAUAUUCCCAGUAAGUUUUGAAAACAUUGUUUCUGAACAAUUUUUUUUUAAUGCAAACGUCAAGUGAACGCUCCAUAUUAUUAUUUGGCAAACGUU